AUGAAAUGUUCAAGCAGACUCUUCACAUUCUUCUCAAAAAGUUGUUUAAACGCGAAAGGCAACUUCACCGUCAUUGCAAAACAUUUUCUCCUGAAUCAUCAGAAUUAUUAUCAAGUGGAAUUGUUACCUAGAGAAGAGGUGCUUACAUUUACAGAGAAAGGAAUCCGUGUUAAUGAACCUUACUGGGCUCCUCCUUCUCAUAAGCAAAACUGA